GCGCACACGUCUGGCUUCCGCAUUAACGAAACCGUAAGCGUGUUGACUUCGGGAGAAUUGAAACUACACGCAGCAAAGGGGAAGAAGCGGAAUCUUUUUACGUAAUCACACGAUGUCCGUAGUAGUUCGCGGCACGCGGGGCUGGGUUUUGGAUGCGCACGCGCUCGUCGAUCGGGGUUAUUCUCGCUGCCGCCGAACGGGAGGAGACAACCGAACGUCUCACUGGACGGGUCGUUUCAAAAAGCAAUGCUUCCAGAUGUUAAAGGCUCAUCAUAGCGCCAGGGCAGAUGUGGGUGAAGGAAACACGGGCGUGUUGCAUGAAACAGACAAAGCAUCGAAGAAAAGGAAACGAAAACACAGUGAACUCAACCAGGGGGAGAUUGAUUCACGGGCCUUCCAUGAGAAGAUCAGGUCUGUUGUCCUCGAGGGAACAACGUCCUUGGUGGCUUCCGCCAGGUCCCUGGGACAUCUGACCGGCGCGCCGGACGCGGCAAAAGAGCCUCUCCCCUCUCCGCAGUGCGGCCUCGCCGCCCUCUGUGAGAUGGCCAAGGAGCUUCCCUCAGCGGACGACGACGACGACCAGCGGGACGAGAGCGCGCAGCCGCUGGUCGCCGAAGGCGGCCGCACGUCUCACCUCGACCUGUUCUCUCGGGUGACGGAGAACGAGGCCCAGUGGGCCGCAGUGGUCCCGCUGAUGGGAGGGGAAUAUGUGAUACCGCCGCACGCCGCCUUCCUGCUGUCCGACUUCACGAGGAUACGACCCCUGGUCCGCUGUGGAAGACGAUUUGACUUAAUAGUCAUGGAUCCACCCUGGGAAAACAAGUCUGUGAAAAGGAGCCGCAGGUACAGCUCUUUGCCCUCGUCCCAGCUGAAACGCCUCCCGAUACCGACACUGGCCUCCCCGAACUGCUUAGUGGUCACCUGGGUCACGAACCGGCCGAGCCACCUGCGUUUUGUCCGGGACGAGCUGUAUCCACACUGGGGGCUGGAAGUUGUGGCCCAGUGGUUCUGGGUCAAGGUGACCGCAUCCGGAGAGUUUGUGUUUCCACUGGAUUCCGAUCACAAGAAGCCCUAUGAGGUGUUGGUGCUGGGCCGAUAUCGUUGCGCCGCAGGUGACGCCGCAAGCUCUCCGGGGACGCCGGAGGUUCCCGUGGAGGACCAGCGUUUGAUUGUCAGCGUCCCGUCAGCCCUCCACUCCCAGAAGCCCUGUCUCUCGGAGGUGUUGAAGCCCCACGUUGGAGGCGGAGCCGAGUGCCUGGAGCUGUUCGCCCGAAGUCUUCAACCCGGGUGGACCAGCUGGGGCAACGAAGUGCUCAAAUUUCAGCACACGAGCUAUUUCACCCUGACGCCGACAGACGACGGAGCCGAGGCCCCCGGAGCCGAGGCCGCGGCCGGACCAACGGCGCCGCCGGAGGACCCUCUCCCCGCCCCGGGGGGACCGAUGGCCGCCAAACAGCUGACACGUCAGUGAUUCAGCGCGCUUUCAGUGCCGGAACACUUGGAGACCGGUUCCUUUUGAUCCGACUCCUCAUGCAUGUGGGAUCUUUGAUUUCUUUUUUUUGAUACAUUUUUCACAGCGCUGAUGAUGCAUUUGAGGAGAUGAAAGAGCAUUUCUGUGCAGCUAUGUUUUAAACUGCAUUCAGAUAAACAACACUUUUAUUUAUUUUAUUUCAGUACUCUUUGGCACAAUAUGUGUCUUAAGGAUGUUCAAAGUAUUUCUGUUUUUUACUCAUUUACUGCUGUUUUGCACUGGAUUUAUAUAUAAAAAAAAAAAAUCCAAUUCUUCUUGAAAGACAGAACAUACAGAACUUUUGAGUUCUCCAAGCGUCGCAUCAUGUGUCCAUGAACGUUCCCUGUUUCCACCUGAAAGACUCUCUCCCUGUGUCACACAUUGAAGCCUCAGCUCAGCCAUCAACCCACCGGGCCUCUGAUGAGUCUCCAGAGAGAGGAGAGGCGGCGUGAUGGCGUGGUGGCGGCGUGAUGGCGGCGUGGUGGCGGCGUGGUGGCGGCGUGGAGGGACGAGCUGUCUUAAAAGCAGACGACGAUGAGUUACGACCACAGAGGCACAGUAAACAUCACAGCUAAUGAAGCCAGAGGGUCGUUUACACAUUAACUUGUCAGGCUCUUUGUUUCUCCAACGCACCCGUCGAUGUAUUUAUAUUUAAUUUUUAUAUAAAAUCAAAUGUGCUUUACAGAUUUCCUAGAAUUUUAACUAAAACACAACACGUUACUGAAGCUCUGACGUCGUCUCUAAACCAUCAUUUACUAAAUGAACUUCAUGCUGCAGAGAGUAAUUUAGAGAGUAGUAAAUCGAGGGAGAAGCGGAGGGAUUUUCUCGUGGACUUUUAUACGAUCAGACUUAUUUCUUUGGCCCCAUAAUGGCCACCAGAAAGAAUGCAGGUUAAAGGCACUUCAGUUUAGUUGAGUCUAACUUUGACCAACCUCGGGUCUACGAGAGAGACGGAACAACUUACUUGCCUUCACCAUACGGAGUUAACAGCUGAUUGACAUCUUCUUAGUAUCUACAUUGUAUAAGUAUCGAUGCCAAAUUUACAUUUUUGAUGCAGAAAUGUCACUGCUGCGGCUCCAUGUUGAAUACGAAAUAAGUAUUGUCACAAAGGAGUUAAUCACUAUUUCAUCCUUUUACAUUUCCAAGUUGCACACUCGUACUAAACAUUGACCAACAACUUAACUGUCAGGAUUUAACGUCAUUAUGAAAAGCCUUUGGCGAGAUGGAGUCGCCAAGGACGUCUCGUUAUUGUGUGUGUUUCCACAGAAACGAAAGGCGAAUCAAUGAAAUUCAUCACUCAUCCUUGAAUAUUUCUCACAAAUCGUCCCUUUAUGAAACGCGCCAUAAGUAACUGGAGGCUUUUGACGCAUACAAAGUAACAAAUGUAUUUUCUUUGGCUUUUCAUUGACUACUUUUCCUCCUUCGGCUCGUUCAAAUCUUUCUUGCCAAGGCUCACUUCCCUUUAAUAAGAGUAGAGUGUCACUGUGGGCCGAGCCGAGCUGUAGGGCUGCUUUCCUCCUGCAUGACCCUCUGAGAAAUGCAGGUAUGCAGGUAAAGUACAACAAAAAUGCAAUCAUACUGGGAGUCCAGCGUCACCGUCCCAAAUAUCUGUCCUCCGCCUUCUCAUCCCCGCCUUACUUCUGCUCAACGCUCGUCAUCGCCGCUGCAAAAGCCUGCGAUGUGACGUCACCGCGGCCACCAUCUCCCUGCGAGGCGCCAGUGGGUGGGGAGUGUGCUGUCAGGAUGGAGACGAAGCACCACGGCGAAGACCUGGUCCUCCCCUUCUUCCCCCCUUCCCCCCCCUCCUCCCUCUCCUCUCCUCUUGAAUCACAGCCGCCCUGCUUGACUCCGCUGUGGGCCGACGGGCUUCACCAAAGUGUCGCUGAGCCGAGCAACGCUCGCUUUUGGCUUUGUGGGGAGGAGAUGGAGGGCUGGGGGCUCAGAAGCUACACGGUUCCAGCUAAUGAGCUGUAAGACGUCCCUACAGAUCCCACAGCCAAUUAAAUCCAUUUCUAUGAAUGUUAGAUACAUUUGAGCGGUUAUGAGAUCACGUUUGUAUUCAAUUGUUUGACUUUUCUCUGUGAAAUACAUGCAGUGGAUUGAGAAGUUUAAUUUGCGUUUCUCAAUACAUCUUCCUACAGAGUAGUAAUUAACUCUGACAUGUAAAAUCGAUGGUCUCUUUAGGUGUUGUGACUCGCUCUCGUCUUACGUUUGGAUAGAAAGAAAAAGACGAUCAAUCAAGCGCAGGAUGUGUCGUGUCUUCUCGCUUUGAUCAGAUCGGAUCACUUUGCCCCGUCGUGCUUAAGUGACUAAAUGGGACUCGGUCCCUCCGGUCGGUGAGCACAUCACAAGAGGGGGAGAUGGAGAUAAUUAUUUCCUAAGAGGUGCUGCUUCUCCCUCGGCUCCGUCCCUUCGGGUCUGUGCGCCGAUGAACGGACCCUGUGCGGUUUCAUCAGUCAGCAGCAUCACAGAGAAUGUGGAAAAGUCAGACGUGGAAACGAUGCCCGGGGAAUACAUCUACUACCACUGACUCUGGUGUUUAUGAUCGCCGCUCUGGUUCUUCUAUUUCUAAUGAAAGUGCUCUGUGACUAAAUAAGUAGCAAUUAAAAAUAUUUCCUCAAACUUU